AUUCCCUAGGCUUUGUGUGACAAAUUCCUAGGGAACUGCUAGCAUCGCAUCACUGGCUCCAAGCUCUAGCUCAUAAACAAUCAGUCACCCUUGUAUCAGCUCGUGGCACAGACGUUGUCCAGGAUUCCGCUUCCCGUAUGUCAUUGACCGAGGCUUUCAAAUCGGUUCUGUUUCCCAAUAUGAAGAAACGCACGGGCUUCCAGGUCGCGACUUUGAAAUCGCCUCCUCCGCAGGCGAAGCAAGAAGAGAAAAAGACGCCGACGAAGGCGCCUAGCGGCUCUUCAAGUUCAUCGAGCUCAGGCUCCUCAAGCUCAAGCUCCGAAACAACAGCGCGUGUCACAAAGGAAUGCAGAGGUGAAGAGGUGACAUCCGUGCCGCGACCUCCUGCCGCCGAUUCUGCGACGAAUCAGACCGUGGAAACUUCAAAAUGUUCGACUCCUGAUACUGCUACGGAGGGAGUUGACGAAAAGGCGAAAGCAAAGUCUCCUGCUGCGUCAUCCAGCUCUUCCGGAUCCAGCACGACUAAUGGGAAGGAAACAAAGGCAGAUACUGGUGUUGAAGUGCAGUCGGAGCAGAAAGGAUUGGCGAAGGCCGAACCAGUAGAGACUGCUGACGUUACCACGCCAAUCCCUGGGGAGGGGAAUGACAAGGGAGACUCCAAGGAUAACAAUGAAGCGAAAUCCCUUUUGGAGGUGAAUGCAGCAUUCAAUUCAUUGGUUGUUAUGACUUCGAAGCCUGAAGAUGAUGGAAGUGUCAGGAGUCAAGCGGGCGCACAGAGCCAAUCUAAGAAAGGAGUGGCUUAUUUUCCAUCCGAGAAGGCACACACUGAUAAGGAGGCGAAGAUCGCUGAUGGACUGCCAAGUGAUGGACCAAAAUUACCCGACCAAAGCCCAAAGGCUGAGGGAAAUGAUGUUGUCAAGUCAACCGGCGAUGCUGCUGCACCAGCAGGAGAAGAAGCCGAAGUGGCUGGAUCUGUCAAGGGUUCUGAUGCUGAUGCACAGAAAUGUUAUGAUUCUGCUGAACCAACUAAACGUGGCGAGGUGGCAAACAAGGACGCGGACGCAUCUGACAAAGACGCGGACAAUGCUGAUGAAGCCAAGUCAAGUGCAAAAAAGUCAACAAAAAAGGGCUCAUCAUCGUCAAAGUCCCAGAAAGGCCAAGGAGAUAGCAAGCCUCCGAGGGCCCCUACGCCUUACAUCCUCUUCUCCAAUGACGUCCGAGAGUCCAUCCAGACAAGAAAUUCUGACAUGAAGCCAACAGAUAUUAUGAAGGCAAUUGGCGAACAGUGGCGCAACCUGCCCAAGGAAGAGAAAAAGGUGAAGUGGGUUGCCUCUGCGUUGGAAAUUUGGUGACUCAGAUUUGCACCUUUCUUAACACUGUCGCACACAGACCUAUGAGGAUAAGGCAGAAGCUGAAAAGUCCAAGCUAGGACUUGAACACGGUAACUCCGGUGGGCCAUCUUCUGCGCGCAAAGGAACAAAAAGGGAGUCCAAAGCCACAGCUAAAUCCAAGUCCAACAAGGGCAGUGAUAAACCUGUUCUUGGAAGACAUGGUCAGCCAAACUCAAAGCCCGUUCAAGCAAACCUUCAAGAUGGUAUGGGUGUUGUACAGCUUUUCCCUGUAUGCGACUUUAAAAAGACCUCACGUUGACCCUCUUUUCCAGGAUUUAUCGUGUUCUGCCUUGAAAACCGGAGUCGGGUUGAGGAGGGGCUUGGGGAAGGGGCUACCUUGGCAGAUAUUCAACGGGAACUUUCCAAGGAGUGGGAGCAGUUAGGCUUCGAAGAGAGGCGAAAGUACAUGAGUGCUGCAAAUGCAGGUGCAGAUACUGAAGUCAGCCCAGCGAGCAUGGCAGCCAGCCCUGAUAAGGCCUUAGCAUCGUCCAUAUCAGGUGUGCAUGGGGUCCAAAAUCCAUUCUCCCUUGCAGUUUUCAGCUCUUAUAACCUGGGCCCUGCAGAUGCAAUUGUGGCUGGCUACAAGGAAAACGAGGAGGGAGAUGUCGAGGUGCGUACCGCAGUGAGUGACCUUUCGGUGCAUGGCAUCGUUCUGACGUCUUCUGCUGAAUGCAGUUCGUGUUGGCACAAACCUUAGAGGGCGACUUUGUGACAAAGAGAAAGAGGCUGGACUAUACGGAUCUCGACUAUGAAGAGGCCAAGAAGCACAAAUCUGGCACCGACGUUUCUAAUGCUAUCAGUGCUUUCAAAAGAAGGAAACGGCAGUUUUAUGCUGAGAUCGAGCAACGAACUGUUAACGGGGUUUUGGACCUUGACGACAUCUCUGCAGGGAGCAUGCUUGAGACCCUUGCCUUUCUUGGAAACAUGCGUGAGGAUGUCUUCCCAACCACGAAUUCCAAGCUUCAGUCUCCUGAUGUCUGGAUGAAAGUACCUACACUUGGCCUUUGUCUGCUGGUUCAGAACCUUCUGGAUGGAGAGCGACAACACAAAGCGGUUUUGGCGGAGCAACUUGCAGAAGCUAAGAAACGAAUUAAGGAGCUAGAGGGGACAAAAGCAGGAAUCACUAAUGCGAUGUGGAUGGAGGAGUAAAGAUGAUUCUGCAGUGCAGUAAGGAUACCAGUGGUGUGUUCACUUUUCUUCUGCAAGCUACAUACAUACAUUCCAUCUUGUGAAUCAC